AUGGUUUCCACGUGCGAAACAUCCCCUCAAACCACCAACGGUGAAAGUGAGCCCAAAAAACAGGAGAUUCUGGAUCUCGACGACGAAGGGGAGAACGAGGGUCUGCUUAUUGACGAAGACGAACCAACCACCUCUAAUGACGGUCAGGACAUCGUCGAAAAGCCCGAGUUGAUUGCAAAUGGAAAGCAUACAGAUUCCCAUGACGAAGAAAACGGGAACGAUGCUGUAGAAAGUAUCGGAGAAGCGCCCACGAACGGUGUCAAGCGGAAAUUUUCGGACGAUGAUGAUGUGUUGGUGUUGUCGGAUAGUGAGGAAGCCAGCCAGAAGCCGCCUGCAAAGCAGCCGAAAGUGGGCGAAGAUGUGAAGUCUCAAGCUAGCCCGGUGCCCGAUGAUCCAACAACCGCCGAGGCUGCUUCAAAAGACGGUAGCCCAGCGCCCAAGCUCGAAAGUGCCGCCGACGAAAAACCGAAAACGGAGCCGCAAUUGACGAGCAGCGAGGCAUUAUUAAAUCGUAUCGUCGAAUAUGUUGAUGAGGCUCUUGACAAGAACGUCAAUACGUCUCGUAAAGUACUCGACGCCCUGCUCGGUGCUAUCAACGUGCAAGUACAGCGCGAGCCGCUAAGUGUUCGCAAGCUGAUUCUUGACAAGCAGCUGGUGCUACCGAAUACUAUUUCCGAGCCGCCGAGUCAGGUGGUCGACUUGGUCAUUGAGCAUGAUCCAGACAACCCGCUCUCCAAGGUGGUGACCAAGAUGUUUGGUGAGGAGCGACCCAAGUACAAUGACACGGAGAAGAAAGAACGGGCUUUGCUCAAGCAAAAUUUCGCCGCCCCGCACAUGACGCGCUUACUCGUCGACAUCGGCCACGAUUUGAUUCAAGAAUCUACUUACUUCGACAUUGUUCAUGCAAGAAAUCUGCCCGAGGCGCCCAAAAAUAUGGAAACUUACAAGCAGGUUGCCGCCCAGCUCAAGCCCGUCUGGGAGACAUUGAAGAAGAGGAACGAGCCCUACAAGUUGAAGCAGAUGACCUGUCAGGUUUGCCAGUUCAAGUCGGAGUCGCGGCUGGUGAUGCUCAAGCACCGUUCUCAGCUCCACCACGACGGCCGAAAGUUCCAAUGCGCGUUUUGCACGGAGGUUGACACCAAUGAGAACCGGAUGAUGAAGCAUUAUUUGGAAGCUCACGAAAUCGUGGCCGCCAAGCAGGAGCAGCCACUGCGCAAUCCGUGCUUCAUCUGCGAUGAGGACUUCCAGUACAAGGGCCAGCGAGACCAGCACAUGCGAUCGGUGUGCAAGCGUGACUUUGCCAAGGUGCGUUACGUAAUGGCCCCGAAGAACAAGGAAGAUGUGUCUGCCGUCAGCACUUGGAUGUGGGAGAAGCCCCCGGUUGAUCCGACCAUCCUGGCCCAACAGCAGCAGAAUCAACGGGAGCAUCAAGCCAAGCAACGAGCCCAAGCCCAAGCACAGCUGCUUGCCCAACAACAGGCGCAGGCCGCCGCCAGGAAGGCGAUGAUGGCCCAGCAACAACGCGAGCAAUUGGCCGCCGCCCAGCAGCGCCUCCGCAUCCAACAGCAGCAACAGCAAAAUGCCGCCGCCGCUUCGUCGUUGCGUACUCCGCAGAACGCAAAUCUUUUGCAAGCCAUGCAACGCCAUCUCAGCCAGAUGGCCAAUCAAGGCUCGAAGGGCCGCGGUUCGAUGUCAGCCCACGCUUUCGCCACCCAGCAACAGCAGCUCGCGCAGGCCAAGCUGAAUAGCCUCAAAAGCCAAAUGCAGUCAACCCAGAAGAAAGAUAUUGCGGCUGUGUUGAAUGCAGCGCUGCGCCAGAAUACGCUUGGAACGGGUUCUCCUGCGGCCGGUACAUCGGCGGCAUCGUCAAGCAGUCAAUUCAUCUGCGAGAUCUGCGAUUCGCCGAUCCCGGAUCGUGAGCGCUACCUGACCCAUCUCCAAGUAUUCCACAAGCAGAUGAAGGGCAAGGCUGUCGCUGAUAUGCAACAGGGUGCCCCGUUGGCUUGCAGUCGUUGUCGGGAUCGUUUCUGGACCUACGAGGGUCUCGAACGGCAUCUCGUCAUGGCUCACGGCUUGGUCACGGCCGACCUGUUGCACAAGGCGCAGAAUCGUGAGGAUGGCGGUCGAUGCAAGCUGUGCAGCAAGCAAUACGCCUUCAACAUGCUGCAACAUCUCGUCACUGACCAUCACGUGAAACUGUGCUCGGCCGAGAUUAUGUACUCGUGCGACGUGUGCUCCUUCAAAUGCACCUCCUACAACAAGUUGGAAGAGCAUCUCACCAAGAUGCACCCAAAGACUGCCGAAAAUGAUGCCUCCAAACAAACCAACGGUGCUGCUGCUCCGGCUGCCGGUGAUGCCGAUGUUGUCACGUUGGAC